AUCUCUCACCGACACACGGAAGCGACACGGCGGUUAAAAUAAGGAUAUAAUAUCAUCAUUUUAUUCGGGAAAACCUGGACAGUAUUACCACCGGAAGGAGAUACAACAACUAAACCCGAAGCCAACAAAUUGUCGUGUUGUUUAAUCGAAUAUUUCGCAUUGAACGUCUGUUGAAACUAACCGUUGAGCUACUUAGCUUCUCCAGAGUUAGCCGCUAAGCUAGUUAGCAUCUUCCGCUGAGCUACCCCGCUAACCGCCGUUGAAAAGCCCCGUCGGUUUCUUCUAAAAGCUGAUUUUUUAAAACUAACAUUAAAAUGGCUCUUUUGUCGUCGGAUGUGUGUUUUUCCGUCGCCGUCUUUACGAAGUCCUCCACCAGGAAGAAGUCCAACCACCACUCUCAGAGCGGCGUGAACGCCGCGGACCGCGGCGCCGUCACGGACGUCAUUCCCUGGGUUCACACCAGCUGCUAGUCGGAGUAAAAAACAACAUUUCACACAAAAUAAUUGUAUUAUACAUGGAUAAUAAUUUAAUAUUUUUGCACUUUUUGAGGUGAAGAAAAAAAAAAUGUUGAGAAAUAUCAACGGCGAGAGUUUGUCCUCCCAGGCCGGGCGAGGGGUCGCCUCACCCGGGCUCGACGCUCAGGAAAGCUCGUGGAUUGGAAUGCUCUCCAGGCCCGCGAUGGCCUUUCUGCAACGAUAUCUCCCGGGGCGGCCGCAAACCCAGACCCGGGCUGGAGCAGGAGCCGGGUGGGUCAUCGGAGGAGGCUUAACGAACAGCUUCGUCGACGACGGGAGGGAGUUGUUGAGGCAGCUGGACGACAUGAUGCCGCUUCCGCCCGACGGAGCUGCCGGCCUCCUGGAGCCUCGGGCCGGCACCUUGCCGUGGCUGACCGCCGAUUCUCUGCUGGAGAUGGGGAUUCGAAGCUCGGAAGAUCUGGACAUGAACCUCUGCCAGCAAACCCAGAUUGGAUAUCUGUCGUCCGUCAGGACCUUUUUCAGCCAUGUGAGCUCCGUGUCCGUCCAGGACAUGAAGGCCACGGUGGAGCCGGCGGGGCCCCCGGUGAAGGGCCCCGCGGGCAGAAGCCGGACGUGGUGGGGCAGCUUCUGGCUGGGCGAGGACAGCCCACAGAAAGGGCUGCCGUCGGGCGUGUCCUGGGCGCAGCGGGGCCGCCUUCACCCUCAACGACCGGCGGCGGGAACAAAAGCAGCCGGAACAAUGGAUCUGUUGGUCCAGAGAUGGACGCUGGGAGAAAACACCGGACCGACGGACCUCACAGAGGAGCCGGCCGACAGCGGAGGCCUUAAAACAGUCCAGAACGCAGAGGGGUCCGUCACCAUGGACCCCCGGCUCGGCAUCGGGGGACACCUGAGCGGGUCAGGAGCCGCCUGCAGCGUGGCGGCGACCCCGGAUCAGGACCACGGCUACUUCAGCCUGGAGGAGGAGCACGUCCAGGGGCGCCGCCUGGGCGCGGAGAAGCCCCCGAGCGAGCGGCGGGACGAAAUGGAUCCCGCCGUCGAGACGGAGACGGAGGAGGGAGAGUCUACGUCAGGAAAGGAGGAGGAGGAGGAGGAGGAGGAAGAAGGAGAACGGGAAGCGGCUCCACGGGCGCUCACUCACCCCGAGUGCCAAAACAAAGCCAUCGCCUUCAUUAUGGGAUGUCCCUGCAGCGACGACAGCCAAUCAGACGGGGGGUCCAGCGAUGAUGACGACGAUGCUGGCUUCGACAGCGAGAGCUCCUCUGACCGGACCGACUCCACCGACGACGAAGAGGACGGCGAAGAGGACUCCGAGGCGGAGCCGUACGACCCCCGCAGCUUCGCCGCCCGGCAGCACACCUCCACGCCCAGGGCCGUCCCCGCCGCCACGCCGCCGUCCUCCGCCCGCUCCACCCCGGCCUCCUCCCCCGAGCUCGCCCCGCCCCCCCUCGCCGCCUCCCCCCCUCAGUCCGGCAGCGACUUCUGGGACGACUCCACGUCGGCCAGCGAGGCGGACGAGGCGGAGAGCCUCCGCCUGCUGAGCUCCUUCAGCUGCUCCUCCGACCCCUACAGCCCCUUCAACUUCCAGGCCCCGCUCAGGACGAGGGAGCCGGCGGGGCCCCGGACCAGGACGAGGGCCAAGAAGGCCCCCCAGACGCCAUCUUGCCUCCCGCCCCCCAAACCGGCGUCUCCGCCAGAGUACAGGAAGGAGGAGGCGGAGGAGAGGCUGGACAGCGGCUUCUCUGAACCCUGCUCCACCUCCUCCGCCUCCUCACAGAGAUGCACCACCAAGAAGGUUCGUUUCUGUGACGACGUGGAGGAGUUCUUUGCCAGCUGUGGCGAGGAGGAGGACCAGGAGGACCGGCGUGGCCCGUGGGAGGAGCUGGCCCGGGACCGCUGCCGGUUCCUGCGGCGCUGCCAGGAGGUGGAGCAGAGCAUCGCCUUCUGCCUGCAGCCUCAGCACCGCCAGCUGGUGCAGCGCCGCCUCGCCCAGACCCCUGAGGACCACCAGGACCCCUGAGGACCACGAGGACCACCAGGACCCCUGAGGACCACCAGGACCCCUGAGGACCACCAGGACCCCUGAGGACCACCGUUCUGUCCUCUUCGUCCUGGAGGCCUAAAGGUGACCUUGCGGGUCCUAUUGAGGAGAUGAGGAGCUGCUCUUGUGAAGCAGUGAGACUCAGAGGUCACGAGGUCAGACGGACUCCUUCUCCUCGUUUCUCUGGACUUGAAGACGCUUUAGUGAAAUACAGACUGAGAUCUGAAGGCUCCUCCACCGUUGAGACGUCGUCACUGUAUCCUGAUUGGACGGCGCCCCCCUUUAGCCCCUCCCCCCAUGUAUUCUAGUUCCUGGAGCCUCUAAACACCGCUGCUGCUCUGAUGCUGUCGGCUUCGUGUUCAGAGAGUUUCAUCAAACUGAUUAAAUGUCAGUAAUUUAAAGUAUUCGCACCUCCAAAAAAAAAAGACCCAUAAAAUGUAAUAAUACAUUUUAAAAAGCAGAUUAUUGGAUAGAUUAAUAUUGAUAAACGUCCCCAGAGUCCAGAGAGUUUACUGAGUGUUACGUCGUGUUAUUGAUCACGACCGGAUGGAACCGGUUCUGAGGGUCGCUCCUCUUUCACGAGCUUCUAGUUCGAUCUUUUAACGCCAAAGAGUUAGUGUGUGUGUGAGUGAGAAGCAGCUUUUUGCAUGAAUUGAUCUCAACGUAGGAACCGCUCCCUCACCGAUCACCCAUAAUCAAUAACCGCUGCACAGUGUUCAUCAAUUCAUGAAUCGAUGGUGUUGAAGUUACUUUCCCGCUCAGCGCCGACGCGUUAAUUUAUUAAUAAAACGGCUUUAAACUGGGAAACAUCAUUUAAGGUCAGAGCUUAAGACCUUCACAGCAGUAUUGAUGUUUAUUAUAAUUAAAACAUUAAUUUAUGGGUCUAAAUGUUAAAGUUCUGCCACGGUGACUAUAAAAUCUAUUCAACAGCAUUAAAUGACUUCAUGGAGAGACGAUAACGAUUAACUUCUGGAUUUAAUCUUUUAUUUGCUCUCUGAUGUAAACGUGGUUUAAAUAUAACUAUCUGCGGCGCGUUCUGGAGGCGCAGAGACGAGGCGCCUGGAGGGUUCUGACACGUUUGAAUAUCAAUAUUUAUUCUGGCGCAGUAACUGUUUUUAAAACUACACGUGACUCCUAGUAUUGAUCCGUAUCUGCCCGACAACCCCCCCGAAAAACAUUAAUAACUGCAAUAGUUGGACUAGCCUGUGGGUCAUGUUCCUCCAGGAGCUGCGUUUAGAUUUACUUUAACAUCUAUUAUAUGACACUUUAUUUAACUUUUUAAACCUUUUUUUUAAAAGUCAUGACCUGAAACCGACAGAGAAAUGUUUAUUUUUAACUCUCAGGCGACGUCGGGGUGUUUUCUGAGUUUAUUUAAAGCCGAGUCGGCAGUAAACGUCUGUUGAAGGUUCUGCUGAAGGUUCUCCGUGUCGCAGUAACACAACGUCUCCACACGGGGAACCGGGUCGUCUCCUGGCAGCUGAUGUUGUGACUAACUUUGAAUAAUCAGAUUUUUAUUUAGCUUUUUAAAGGAGGCGGAAACGACCGGAUGAAUCGUUGUUUAGUCAGAGAGAGAAGCGUUUUAUUUUUCUAAUUGUUUGGUGGUAACUGGUUCUGCUUCAGCGUGUCUCUGAACACGGCCGAUCGAAUAUUAAAUCAAUAUUUAAUGAUCA